GUGAUUUCCGGGGGAGGGCUUCCCCCCAACCGCCUGUCGGACUUCCGCUUCCUCCAGGCCUGGAGCCCGCCCCCCGUCACGUGACUCUGGCUGGAGGCCGGGAGAGUCAGCGCGUGCCUGGUUCUCACUGCCGUCCUCCGCUGCUCGGUCCCGGAGGCACCCGGGCCGUCUCGGACAGAAAGUCCAGCGGUUUGCAGAUGGCCGGGCCUGAGAAGACUGCGUCAGCCCUUCCUCAGAACGAAGGGGCCCAGGAAGCGGAAGUGGCGCCCCUCCUGUCGCCCAGCCUGAAGGGCAGCUGCUUCGACCAUCCCCUGCACGAGGGGCUCCUCCACCCCACCCGGCGCUGCCGCAGUCCUGCCUCAGCUCCAACUCCUACAUUGUCAAAGAAGCCCAAGGUGCAUGCAGCCAGGGACCUGUUCCCCACUGACUGGAGCCCGCCACCUGUUGAGUUCCUGAACCUGAGGGUACCGCCGGCCGGCAGGGGGGCCCGAGCCCCGAGGUGGGUGGGUGUGGCAGGGCCACAGGCCCUGAGGACAUGGGCCCACCAGCUGCCUGAGGAGUUAGAGCAGGAGCCCCAGGACUCAGACCCCCAGGGGAGUCUGGCCUCACUGGAGGAGCCGUUCUGGAACAUGGCAGGCCCGAGCCAGAAGGCUGCAGCUCCAGUGGUGGACAGCCACAGCUUGUUCACCUUUGGGGCCUCAGAGAGCUACGUCAAUAGCUUGGAUUACUUACUACAGGAGAAGCGGGACCAGGCCCUGGAGCGAGAGCAGGUGCUUCUGCAGUGCGGCCGCCCCCACCUCAGCUCCCUGGAUCUGGAUGAGGAUGAAGCGCCGCUCACACCUGAGCACAGGAUGCUGGUGGAGAGGUUCUCCGUGUCACUGCAGGUCAUCCCACCAGUACAUCCCGGGGAGACUGUGUUUCUACCCAGGCAUCAGCCCCUGCACUGCCUCCUGGACCGUUCACAGCUGAAGCCACGGAGCCACCUGGAAGAACUGUUCGUCAGCUGCCCACUGGCCCAGCAGCUCUCCUUCCUGCGCACGGGCCUCCUGAGCAACCUCUACCUGCACGCCCCCGACUGCCCUGUGGCCCUGCUCCAGUGGCUCUUCCAGCUGUUGACAUGGCCUCCAGAAACUUCUUCAGGAGCCUUUAGUCUCCUAUGGGAUCUCAGCAUGGAUGGGCUCUUCCAUCAGUCUGAUGGAGACAAGCGUUGGUGGUGCCCCUCGCUGCAAGAGGUCAUGGAAACAUUUCACAGCCUGGGAGCCUGCAGCCCUGCUCUGGGCCCAGAGGGGCCCUGUCAGCCCAGUGAGAGAGUGCUUAAAAACGACAUCAGCCUGAGCUGCAGUCAGUGGCAGGACAGCCCCCCAGAGACUGCCUUGGACAGUAGCUUGAGCUACAUCUAUAAGUUCCUGGCACUGUGUGCCCUGGCCCAGCCAACGGCCUACACCGACAGGGAGCUCUUGAACCUGAUCGAGCUGCUGUGCCGAGCCGGCCUAGACGUGGGGCUCCGCCUGCUGCCCAAGACGGAUCUUCAGCAGCUUCUGCUCCUGCUCCUUGAGAACAUCCGCGAGUGGCCCGGGAAGCUCCAGCAGCUGUGCCGCACCCUGAGCAAGGUGUCAGGUCACCACCACAACCUGCUGGCCCUCGUGCAGUGCUUCUUGGACGUGACCUCUCGGAGCAGGCAACUUCGAAGCCAGCUCAGCCUCGUGGUCAUUGCCCAGAUGCUGGACCAGCAAGAGACGCUCCCUCUCUGGCAAGAGAAGGCCCAGCUGUCUUCACUCAGCCAGCUGCUGAGCCUCAUGAGGCCAUCAUCCCUCAGGCAGCACCUGGGCUCUGAGACCUUGCCACCGUGCCAAGGGCAACAGCCAAAGGCCAGUGCUGAGCUCGACCACAAGGCCUGCUACCUGUGCCACAGCUUGCUGACGCUGGCCGGGGUGGUGGUCAGCUGCCAGGACAUUACUCCAGACCAGUGGGGAGAACUGCAGCUGCUCUGUGUGCAGUUGGACCGUCACAUCAGCACCCAUAUCCGGGAGAGCCCGCAGGCCAUGCACCGGACCAGACUCAAGGACCUAGCUGCCCAGACCUACAUCCGUUGGCAGGAGCUGCUGGCCCAUUGCCAGCCCCAGGCCCAGUACUUCAGCCCCUGGAAAGACUAAAGGAGCAGGGCACGGCUGCUGGUCCCCAGCUCUUGGCUCUGGCAGGAAGCAAACAGGCUUCAAGGAACAGGAGGGAGCGAAGAACAGAGGCCAGAGGAGGACUGGUGUGAUGAAGCAAGAGCCUGCCUCCCCCUGACCCCCACCAGGCAACAGAUGUGUCUCCCUGGCCCACCCCUCAGCCCUCCUUCCCUCCCAGUCCUCCCAGUCGUCUCCUCUGCCCCAAGGCCUUUGUACCCACUCUCUGUUUUCCCGGGGCCUCCUGGGCCCUCCCAACCCUCCUUCCUCUCUGGCGCUAAUGCGAGCUUUCUUUGUGCACACUAAAGUCUUAUUUCAGCAUCGGUGGUUUAGAAGAUUUCCUUCAAUGCCUAUCCUGAGGGCUCCUGCCCAGCGUCCAGUUUCCUGACAUCUCUGCUGGUGCUGGGCUGAGUUCCCACCUCGGACAGUCAUGUGACCUGGGCCUCUUAGGCCCCACCCCCUGCCCCAGAAGGCUGUUUGUAAAUCCUGAGGGAGGAGUAGUUACUCCUGUGGCCUGAGAGCUGUCAGAAACCGGGGAGCACCAAUAGGGAGCAUUUGUUUGGACCCGGUCUGGAACUACGCCCCCGCCACUCACUGCCCUCACUGGGGAGGAUCCAGAGUGAGCUGGUGGGUUAGGGCUGUAAUUACACUUAGUUCGGUGUAUCACUGAGUUCUGAAAUCAACUCCCCAGACUUAGAAGUGGGGUGGGGUGCCAAAAGACAGUUCUGGAUGCUUUCCCUCAGCCUUGCUCAGGAUUGGUUUGGUGGGCCCUGAUCCUUAAUGAAGUGCUGGGUAUCUUUGACCUGCCCCCCCUUGAGAAGCGUGUGGGCCCUGUGCAUCACUGGGGAGAUCCCUGGGUAUCCCCAUUCUCUGUCUACUUCUCCAAUCCCAAGAAUCCAUUUUAGCGUCAGGCUUCUCCUAACUCUGGGUUGGAAGAGGGUUUUGCAGGGGCCGUAAGAGGUGGAAGUAGCAGAGGAUGACCCUACACCCUUGGCCCGGGCCCACUCCUCAGCUCAAGCCGUGUCUGCCGACGGAGCUUCACCAUGGCUGGUGCUUACGACUUUCUGUGUUUACGUGCCCCUCUCCUUUGCUCUCAUGCCACAGGGGUAGGGUAAGGCAGGCUAACUAGGAGAGAGACUCCCCCCAAAUAAAGGACCUUCAGGACAAGUGGCUCAAUUUGCAGAACUGAAGGUUAGCCCAUCACUUCCUGGGCCUGUCUUAUUUAUUUGUUUGUUUGUUUGUUUUGUUUUAUUUAAGUAGGCUCCACACAUGGAGCCCAACGCAGGGCUUGAACUCAUGACCCUGAGAUCAAGACCCGAGCCGAGAUCAAGAGUUGGACGCUUAAUCGAUUGAGCCACCCAGGUGCCCCCUGGAGCUGUUUUAGACACAGCUGCCUCCCUCGCCCAGAAGUCUGGGAGCUGAGGGCAUCUAUAAUUCAGAGGGCAUGAGCACACGGCAGAGUGCUGGGUGCCAUACGGGUUUUUGCCCUGCCGUGCUCCCUUUGCCAAGUGAGAGGUGGAAGAAGUCCUAGGCCAGGGUGACUUGGAUGCCCAGGUGACUUGACCGAGAGUUCUGGUUUCUGUUCCUGGCCACAUCACAGGGCCUCCUGGCUGGGGCACCACUGAGGCCCCAGUGGCAUCAGGUAGGCCUGAGAUCGUCUGAUAAAAGAGCGAAGGCUCUGGUGAGCCAGCCUUCUUCACCUCCCUCCAGGCAGCUCCUGCUUCUGACACUGCACAUCCUGACAGUUAAUCCUCAGCUCUUCAGUUUGCUCUGGAAACCUGGAAAUCACCUUUGAAAUUUCCCCUCUUUGUUCUCACUGCCAAGGGCAGAGAGGGAGUAGGGAGGCCUAAGAGGCCAAACUGGGGAGUUUCCAGUUCUCGAAGCUGCCCCUUCAUGGCUCUGAGAAAGAGAUCCAUGCGGUCUAUCACCAUAGACAUCUGGGGCCCUUCUCCCCAGUCCUGGUCCUUGUGCACUGACCCCUCCUCCCCUGUGCCCCAAACACACUCAUCCCCAAGAGGGAAAUCGAUACCAAGGAGAAAGGAGGUGUUGGUGACUCUCAGUCCCUCCAGAGACCUAGCUGUAACCUGAGCAGAGGGGUGCGCUUCGAGGUCACCCAAGGGCGUCCCCUAUCCCCUGGGACAUGUAAUGGGCCCUCUCUGGAACUGGCUGGGAGCUGACCAGAUGGCAAACUGGUCUGGGACCAGUUAAAGACUCAGUCUCCUCUAGGCCACGAAUUCCACAAUGGUCCUGGCAGCUGCACCACUUGCCCUUUCCAGAUCCUUAAGCUCCUGGGAAAAGGCUGAGGGCUAUCCUCACUGAAGCCACUGGAAACGCAGCAUCCGGGGCUGGGAUGACGGAUGUUUUCCUGCUUCCUUUUGGUGAUGGUGGCAGGGAGGGGCUGGGAAGGGAAAGGCUUCCCAGGUGGACAGCUUUGAUAACUCUCCUUUAGGAGGAAGUAGAGGAAGUCCUUUUCCUAUGCCCCGCUCACCUCGGUCCCCAGGCCCUCAGAAAGAUCCCUGAAGGGUGGCUGACCCAGGCUUUCUCAUUUCCCCCGCUGUGGGCUGACAACAGCUCCCGGAUCCUUUGGGAAGUUGGCCAGGCAGUGCUAGCUGGAGAAUCCCAGGGUGAACCCUGGGCUCCACUCUGGUCCGAAAGCUGCCUUGCAAGAACUAGGGGUGAGGAGCUCAAAUCAGGGACACCAUGGCACAUGACCAAUGUCAUGGGGGAGGGAGCGGGGGCUUGCCUUUCAAAUAAGACUCCUGGGCCCAUCUGUAGGGACUGGCCUGAGCUGAGCUGCCAGUGGACUCUUGGAGAACCUCAGAAGGCAUUUAGCAUAUCUGGGUCUUUCCUUGACUUGGCCACAAGCAGGUGAGCAGGAGGGCCUGUUAGGGCCUAAGGCCUGAAGCAUGGGUACCUUAAAUAGAAUAUGCCAGACAGGCCCUAGAGAGACAUGACAGGUACAGGAGACUUUUCUUCUUCUUCUUCUUCUUCUUUUUUUUUUUUCUUAAUUUAAAACCCAGGAAUCCUCAUUUUUGACCGGUUGUGCUUUUAUUAAAAAGUAUGAAUCAUGAGCAAGUAGUCAUGCAGGAAACUUUAUCCUCUGCCCACCCACCCAUGGAAAAGGCCAGUGCUGGAAAUGAACAGAACACAGCAGGAAAUGAGUGAAGGUAGAAAAGGGGAGGAGGGGUGGGGGGAGCUGCAGCCUUAUCUUGGAGGAGCAUUUGAGAGGGAAGGGCUCCCGGAGUCUGUUAGCAGGAACAGAGAAGCCUGCCAUAACGUACAGAAGACUGUCCCUGCCAGUGAAACCAAACCACCUUUUGAAACUUUCCACUGGGGCCAUCUUGCAGGUGGAGCCAGGAGCUCAAGUCUCUGCCUGGUGGGGGUGGGAGCGGAGGUGAGGAAAAACAGCAGGAAACGAGCUGUUUAGGGCUUAAAGGUUGUCCAGAUGCACUCUGACUUGGUGCAAAGACAGAAUUGGGAGUCCCAAGACCUGAUUUAACAUUCUGACCUUGCUAAUUAUCUACGUGCCUUUGAGCAGGUUGCUUCAUCCUUCUGAGACGCAUUUUAUCUCUAAAAUCAGAGACACAAUACCUGCCCUUUUUUUUUUUUUUUAAGGUUUUAUUUAUUUAUUUGACAGAGAGCACAGGCAGAGGGAGCCUCAGAGGGAGAGGGAGAAGCAGGCUUCCCGCUGAUCCCAGGACCCUGGGAUUAUGACCUGAGCCAAAGGCAGAUGCUUAACCCACUGAGCCACUCAGGCACCCCAUACCUGCCUUUUGAACAGUCGUCAUGAGGAAUAUGUGAGGAAAUGUAUGUGAAGGCAGGUUGCAAAGUCUAAAGCAAAGAACAAAUAUUGAGCAUCCGUUUACCUCCACUUAAAAAGACGCAGGGUCUAACCUGGAGGAGGGGGGUUACACCCAUCUCCCUCCCAGCCCGCUGAAGCACAGAGCCUUCCCUGCCCACCCCAUGCUGUUAACUGUCUUGCCCUCUAUCUCCAGCAUCUCCAAGACCACAGCUUUUUUUUUUCCCCCCCUCUGGUGGAAAGGAGCUGGGAAAUGUGGCUUUGGCCAGUGCGGGAGAAGGGGCCUUUAUGUGUACCAGCAAAGACCCAAUUGUUACUGAAUCCAAACUGGGCUGCUUUUCCCAAUUAUCUCCACUACUCUUCUGGUCUCCAUUUUCAGAUGCCAAGUUUU